UUAUUAUUUAUUAUACUACACCAUGAGUGUUAAUAUAUCGUAGUAAAUAUUAGUUCUUUGAAAUGUGGAUAAAUCUUAAAACUAUCCAUCUCAUUUUGGGUCACACAGACAUAACAUGACAGUGACAUAAGAUUUGUGCUCUCCAUCUAUUAUUACUGCUGCUAUAAAUAGCAAGAGCUCCAGCUGUGCACUCAGAACAGGAGGAGGAGCAAACUAGUGAGUGCUCACAUGUCCAGUGUUUGACCCAACUGCUUUCUUUCUCCAUUACUCCCCUCUUGCUCCCACACAAACACACAACAAAAUCAUACCCUGAUCAGAGAGUUUCUCACACAUACACACACACACUCACAAAACACCAUGGUGAAGUGUCUGAUCCGGAUCAAGACGAAGGUCAACGUUCACCUGCGGAUGAUUAAUCACUGUUACCGGGAUGUGAAGGUGCGGGUGCUGACGUUGGGACCCAGACUUCUGGGUAACGUUUUGGGUGCUCUGCCCAUCAUACCCUCUCUACCGGAGUCCAGUAACACCUCUGGGAUCAGCCUCUCCCCAUAUGGACGAAGCCACAGAGCCACAGAUUCGCUACAUGUCGGCAGUCACUCUAUACCUGAGCACUCCGUCUCGAGUAGCACUUCAUUAUUGAGCGCACACAACAGUGGUCCAGAGGGUCAGAAUGGAGAAGCAAUAUAUUCAGAAGGAUCUAACAUGCCCUCCAGUGAUGUGUUACCCACACCAGAAUUCAAAGGCACACAUGACCAGGAUGUGAGGGAUCCAGAAUCAGUCCUUCUGAAAGGAGGUACAUUGGCCCACAGUGAAAGCCAUAAGCCUAGAGGGAGAGCAUCUCACCUGGGAAAACUCAAAGCCCACACUGGUGGCAUGGAGACACAGCAGGCUCGUGAGGUGAUGGGCAUGUUGGCACGGUUGGUCUUAGUGAUGCUUGCUCUGCUCUUGGUCCUCCUCCUGCUUCUCGUCGCUCUAACAGAAUCCAAACUUGACGUGUCUUUUCUGAGAGACAUCCGCGAGACACCUGAAUUCCAGCAACUCCACUAUGCCUACUUUUGUCCACUGAGACGCUGGAUAACCUGCACACUGCGGUGGAUAGGGGUCCGUCUCAUAAAGGAGUAAUGUGAUAAUGAGCCUCUAUAUAUUUUUCUCUUCUCUCUGAUUGUAUAGUAUUUUAUUUUAUUUUACAUAUUUAUUGCUGCUACUGUAGUAAAUAAGAACCUCUUCCUCCAAAAGAAAAAAAAGAAAAAUAUAUAUAUAUACA